CACGGGGCUGCGGAGCUGCCGGCGCGGCGAGGAGCGCCCCGGGGACGCGGCACCACCGGUGCCAGGCGCUGCCGGCCGCCAUGGGGGAACAACCCAUCUUCAGCACCCGAGCUCAUGUCUUCCAGAUUGACCCAAACACUAAGAAGAACUGGGUUCCCACCAGCAAGCAUGCUGUUACUGUGUCCUACUUCUAUGACAGCACAAGAAAUGUCUACAGGAUAAUCAGUUUGGAUGGCUCAAAGGCAAUAAUAAACAGCACCAUCACCCCCAACAUGACAUUUACUAAAACAUCCCAGAAGUUUGGCCAAUGGGCAGACAGCAGGGCGAAUACAGUCUAUGGCUUGGGAUUUUCAUCUGAACAUCACCUUUCAAAAUUUGCUGAAAAAUUUCAGGAGUUCAAAGAAGCUGCGCGAAUAGCAAAGGAAAAAUCCCAUGAAAAGAUGGAGCUAACAAGUACACCCUCUCAAGAAUCAGCUGGAGGGGAUAUUCAGUCUCCUUUAACUCCGGAGAGCAUUAACGGGACAGAUGACGAGCGAGCGAUGCCAGAAGUGACGCAGAACUCAGAACCAAGGGCUGAACCAACACAGAACGCAUUGCCAUUUACCCAUAGUUCGACAAUCAGCAAGCAUUGGGAGGCAGAACUGGCCACGCUCAAGGGUAAUAAUGCUAAGCUCACAGCAGCCCUGCUGGAGUCCACUGCCAACGUGAAACAAUGGAAACAGCAACUUGCUGCAUAUCAGGAGGAAGCAGAGCGUCUUCAUAAGCGGGUGACUGAACUGGAGUGUGUGAGCAGUCAAGCCAAUGCAGUCCACACUCAUAAAACAGAAUUAAACCAGACAAUACAGGAAUUAGAGUCCACACUGAAGAAAAAAGAAGAGGAAAUAGAAGGAUUGAAACAAGAAAUUGAAAAUGCCAGAGAGCUCCAGGCGCAGAGGGAUUCUCUGACCCAGAAGUUACAGGAAGUAGAAAUUCGAAACAAAGACCUGGAAGGACAGCUGUCUGAUCUAGAGCAACGUCUGGAGAAAAGUCAGAAUGAGCAAGAAGCUUUUCGCAAUAACUUGAAGACACUUUUAGAAAUUCUUGAUGGAAAAAUAUUUGAACUAACAGAAUUACGAGAUAACUUGGCCAAGCUAAUAGAGUGCAGUUAAAGAAAAUGGGAUUUCAGUGCCAAUCAGCUUAAAGAUGCACUGUCUCUCUUCAUAGGACUGUGUUGGGCUCUGCAUCAAAGUUGCACAAAAUUAGAAAAUGCUCUUCUGAGAUGGAUUGUUUUAAAUUUGACUUGUAAUUCAAUGUAAAAUUUAGAACUUAGCUUGUAGCCAGUUUAAGAAAAAAAUAACUAACAAAAAAAACUUGAAUUACAAAUUACCUCCUUUUACAUUAUUGGCCACAGAUAACUUGAAAAACGUUAACAAUAAUUGAAUGCAAUCCUUUUCUAAUUAUCAGUGAUGGAAGAAUUAGCAGUGUCCCAGGACACACCCCAUUUUGUGACAGAUACAAUAUAGGUUAUUGGCUGUUUUAUUUAAGAUAUUUAAAUGCUGUGUUUUGUGCAAAAACUUAGUGAUGACAGCCCUAUGUACUUUGUUCUAAUAAUUUCUCAGGAUAUGUUGCACUGUGGAGAAGCAGUGCCGGAACAAAUUUAUUCUUGCCAGGAAUGAGAGAGAGUUGCAUCUUUAAUUGAAACAAAUUUACUAUAAUUGCUUGUAUAAACUUCUUUUUUGUUUUUCUUUGGGGGUUGGUUGGCUGGUUGGUUUUUUGGUUUUUUUUAGAGCUAUACAUAUAUACUGGAAGAUACCGUAUUUCUUUAUGGAUCUUACUUUGGUGUUCUACAAUAUUGUCCAAUGUAAGGUUUAGUUUUUCAAAUGAAUUCCAUGUACUUACAGUGAGAUAGUAUCUUCCACUUGACUAAAUUUUGAAGCCAACCAGUGAUAGAAGGUGAGUCCCAAGGGAAAAAUAAAAAGCCCAAACUGCCCUGAGAAUUUUAAAUGUAAACUUAACAUUUUAAAUUUGACCUGCACACAUAACAAGGAAUGGCCGGUUUUCUUUUUUCUGGCCUUGAUACUUAUAUUGAAUGUUCAAUUUGCUGUUAUUCUGUUCUGCAAGAGCCUUUUUCAGAAUGUGACAUGAAGUAGAAGUUCUGUGAAUAAUGGCUUACCGGGAGCACUGUUCUAUUACAGAUUCAUUAAGAGCACAGAGGUACCGCAAGGGAUUGUUCGUACACUGAACGUGUCCGGCCAAAAAGGCUAGAAGUUUUUGUUGAAGUUUUGUUGUCAUAGCAAAUUGAACUGAAGACAUGUUUACUCUUUUAUGGGUCUUCAUAUCACAUCUUUAUCCAAACUACACCAGGCAAUAUUCUGAACUGUUAAUUAAGUGUUUAAAAACAAGACAUUGAAUUGAAUUAUCCUUAGUGAGCAGGUUUUAAAGUUGUUUUGAUGUAAUUUUAACAGACUUUUGGCAAACACAUAUUUCUUUAUAUAAUAGAUUUAUUUAAAAAAACCCAACUCUUUGAAAGGUAAGCCAAUUGUCAUGUGUCUUGCAUUACAGUGCAUUCUUGCCAUAAAUUGCUUGUAACGCUGAAGAGGGCUUUUUUAAAAUGUAUGAAUGAAUGUCAAACCUCAGAGUUGAAAGAUGCACGAACCUUUGUUUGCUCCCCAAAUUAAUUUGAAUGUUAAACAUGAAAUCUAGCUGCUUAUUCAAUUUGUAGAACAGUUUUCUUCACUUAGAUUCUGAUAUUCAAAACUAGAAAAGAUAAGUUUGUUUUCAUGUAUGUACUGUGUGUAUGUACCAUAUAAUACACGCAGGUUGUCAUUUAUAUUGGGAAGACAUGCUUUAUUUCUAAAAUAUCUUUUUCUUUUCCCUUAACUGGUAAUUUAUCAGGUCUCCCCUGACUAGUCAGGGAAGUGGCUUAGGUUAAAUGCUAAAACUGUCAUGUAUUAUAUGGUAUGUAAUAUACACAAUGUUUACGCUUUCUCCAUAUUUUUUAGGGUAUUUUCUCACAUUUAUUAAAGGGGUGGGGGGAGCUUGUUUCAUUGUGCUACUGGUUGAAAAUUUUGUGGUGAGCUACAUGUUAAUCAUUCAGGGGAUUUUAGACAGUAGUGUGUAUAUCUUCAUCAGGUCCAUAUGAGCAGAUACAGCCAGUUUUUAAUUUUCCUGGGGAUAUUUGGGCCUGAUUCUCCUGUCACUUGUGCUGCUGUAAACCAGAUGUGUCCUUGAUGUGAUGUCAGCAACAUUCCGUUGGCAUAACAUCCAUGGAAGUGCAAGGAGAAUUCGGCCUGUUAAUGCUCAGUGGACAUAAUAAGGAUGAAGAAAGAAUAAAAAAACCAUAAUGAUGGAAUAAAUGUAAUAUUAUUUUUAAUGAUAUUAUUCUUGACAUUUUUAAAGAUAUGAUGUCAUAUGUGUGGGAAAAAUAGUGGACAGAAAUAUUUCCACUUAAAUUUUGUGAAUAUGUGUGGUACAUGAGCAUUUCUAUGUAUAAGUACACACACAUAUGUAUAUACAGAACGUGGAAAAAUUUAGAUGUGCACAUUUUUAAUAUUUUCCUAUUGAAAUUAAAUUUAAAAUUGGAAAUUGA